AGCUCGUUAGCCGCUGCGGUAAAACUAAAUCAAACGGAUUUGAUUUCCGAUGUAUUAUUCAGUCAUCGAAAACACAUUUAUAUAUGAACUAUGAGAAGGUUUGCCUUGUACCGGAGUUUCCUUCGUCAAGAAAUCACCUUCGAAGAUGACUCAAUCCCUUGAGUUUGACCAAACCUUUGGCUUCAUCGCCAAGGUCUUGCAAAUGAUCGGUUAUCCAAGCUGUUUAGCACCGUACCCAACGACCUUCGCCAGUCGACUCAAGUCCAGUGCCGGUUUCGUGGUAUGCUUCCUCAUGUUGACCUAUUGCGUUUUCGGUCAGAUCAUCAACAUCGGCCUGCUGAUGAUGGGUCACCGCCAGACGGAUCAGGUCGUCGAAGAGGUCGCCAUCCAGGUCAGCAGCACAGGCUUUUGCAUCAUCGGACUGGCGAAGAUGUACAGUUUGUCGUACAACCGGGCCAUUCUGAGCUGGCUCAUUGCGGACUUCAGAGUCAAGUGGAAUGCCGGGGAACUCACAGAUAAGGACCGUUCCAUACGGGACGGGACGUUACGUCCAACGGUGGCCAUUACGACUGUAGCGGCAUUAGGGAACAUCAUAAUGGUGUCGGCGUUCAACUUUCAACCGGUGGUGGAGAUGAUCUACGGUCGGGUGGUUACCGGAGAAUGGGUCAAGCUAUUUCUGUACGUGAUUUGGUUCCCUUUCAAUUCGACUCACGGGGCGAUCUACUAUCUGGUGUACUUGUUUGAGGUUUAUUCGGGAGUUAUAGUGGCCGUUGGAAACGUGGGGUUCAACUGUAUCUUCUGUUUGCUGACUUCACACUUGUCGAUGCAGUUAAAGCUGUUGUGCAGUUGGAUCGAGGAUAUGGUUGAAGUUGAGGACGAGAAGGGGGUGCAAUCGAAGAAGAAGCUCUACAGGAUUGUGCGGUAUCAUCAGGACUUGAUCAGAGGAAGGAAUGCGUUACAAUCAAUGUUCAGCACAACGCUGUUCCUGAACUUCUCCGCAAGUUCUGUUCUGAUGUGCAUGCAGCUUUACCUCAUAACUACCGCAGGCAUUACUCUGAUGGUCAAGUUUACUCUUUUCAUGCUUUGUAUUUUGAUGGAGAUUUUCAUUCUCUGCUACUACGGUGAAGAGAUUCUCGCUAAUAGUUCAUCGAUUGCCGCUGGAGCGUUCAACUCGAAUUGGUACCAGUCGAAGGUGAGCCAACAGAAUCCUCGUUUUGGCAAAAAUUUGAUUCCGAUUAUCCAGCAAGGGCAGAGGCCCAUGGUUCUGACGGCGUGGAAGUUUUGGCCCAUAACCAUUCGGACGUUCAGCGCCAUAUUGCAAACAUCAUGGUCCUAUUUUACCUUGCUGAAAACUGUAAUGCAUUAGGGAAUCAAUAGUGAAACUUCUCUUUGGAAAAAAAAACUAAUGAUUGGAAAUCGAAGAUUACAGCGAUGUAUAGGAGUGGUCGAAUAUUAUAAAAUGUGUCGCUUAUAAUUUUCAAAAUGAUGAUGACUUACCGAUUUGCUUUGGUAUUUUAUAGAAGUUCGUAAGAAUUAUGAUAGAAAAUUAACGCCUCGCGUUAUUCGAUCAUAUCUGUAAUU